CAAAACACGCUCGUAUUUUAAUCCUCCGCAAACCUCUAUCCAAACAAAGCCUCCGGAAAUCUCUCUCCAUCGGAAUCUCGGAAAGAGCUGCGUUUUCCGUCCAAAGAUGGCGGCUGCUUCUAAGUGGAAGAACACUGCGCUUCUCGUCAUAGACAUGCAGAAAGAUUUCAUUCUUCCAGAUGGUUUGAUGCGCGUCGAUGGCGGCCAAGCAAUUGUCCCCAACGUCAUCAAGGCCGUAGAAGUUGCUCGGCGGCGCGGCAUCCUCGUCAUUUGGGUUGUCCGCGAGCAUGAUCCACUUGGAAGAGAUGUUGAGCUCUUCCGCCAGCACUUGUACUCGGUCGGGAAAGCAGGGCCAACCUCUAGGGGUAGUGUUGGUGCGGAAUUGGUUGAUGGCCUAGUGAUUAAGGAAGAGGAUUAUAAGGUCGUAAAGAUGCGGUUUAGUGCAUUCUUUGCUACACAUCUUAAUUCAUUUCUGAAGACUGCUGGGAUUGAUAGUUUGGUGGUUGUUGGUGUUCAAACUCCAAACUGUAUAAGACAGACCGUCUUUGAUGCUGUAGCAUUGGAUUACAAAUAUGUUACAGUUAUUGUUGAUGCCACAGCUUCUGCCACACCUGAAAUACAUCUUGCAAAUAUUUUUGAUAUGAAAAAUGUUGGUGUUGCAACCCCCACAUUGGAGGAAUGGUGCGAGUCUGAUGACUGAUAUAUUUCACAAGGACAAUAUCGACUUAGGUUUAGAAGCUUAGCUUCAACCAUUGAUUAUCUGCCUACUGGGCCAAUUCUACAUGCACAAAGAAAGAACAUUUAACUUGCCUGUGAAUUGAAGAAACAACUGAGAAGCGAACAUGGAAGCACUCUCUAAUGCAUUAACAAACAUGUUUAAAAUAAAUAAAAAAUGAUAACCUAAUUUGUAAUCAGUCAAUCGGUUCACAUGUCAAGGAAUUAAAUAUAUGCAAUUCGUCAUAUCCAUUUCCAACCCUAUCAAUUGCUGUGAGGGAUGAUGCUUAAAAGUGAAGGUUGCUUCUUCUUUGUGAUUAGAAUGUCAACAGGUUUGAGUUGUAAUAAGUCCUUUCAUAAAAUAAAUAGAGUUAAAAUUGCAUACUUAGGUAAAACUGACACUCAGCAUAAUCAUUGGAAAGUAGUGAGUCAUGUGUAUUGAUGUCGCAAAGCAAAGAACCUUGUAUGCUAGGAAAGCAUUCUAUUAU